AUAAAACAGAUAUUGAGAAACAGAAUAAAGACCUUGAACUAGAAGUUGAAAGCCUUAAUAAGCAAGUCUCUGAUCUUACAAAACAAAUUAGAGAUUUUAAUGAGCCAGAAAAAGUUGUUGAGAGUUUUGUCAAGUUGUGGAAUAAUUUAGAUAAAAAAAAUGUUAUUGUAAAAGGGUUACCAAAAUCUACUAUUAACUCUUGUCUUAGAAUUCUUAAUGAACUUCGUGACGGAACUCUGGAAACAGUUAACUUUGAAGAAUUAAAAAAUAAUUAUGAACAAUCAGUUGAUAAAGAAAAAUUUAUUAAGGAACUGGAAAGUGAUUGGGUUGCUGGAAAACUAGCUACAACUAUAAAAAAACAUGAAAAUUGUACAAAGGAUAUUGUAAUGCAAAAGCGAUGCCAAUAUUUUCUUUUAGGCAACUAUAUAAUUUGUACUGAUAAUAACAACAAUAAGCGACAUCUUAAGUUUUAUUAUAUAUGCUAUGAAAGAGUUGCAAAGCUUUGCGAUGUAAUUGGACAUAAAUUUUCUGAACUUCCUUUGGAAACUACCUUUUUUACUGGAAGACAUGAUCAAGUUAUUAAGGUUGAUUCGUUAAUUCAAUGGUUUAUUGAAGGAAAAGAAUGCGAUGAUAAUGAAUUUACCGAGUUUUGUGCAAAUGUUUAA